CCCCACCUGCACCCCCACGACGCAGCCGUUAACUCAGAACCAAAGAGAUUUCCCACUUCGCCUCUUUCCUCCUUCCCCUCCUCCGCCGCUCCGUCUCCGGGAAACCGCAAGCUAGGGUUUCGGCUUCGACGGCGCGAGGGGGUUCACUCGCCAUGGACGGGGCCGCCGCCGCCCGCAAGAGAUCACGGACGGACACUGCCAACGGAGGCGCCAAGCGCUCGAAAGAAACGGAGUCACAACAAACUGGUCUAUCAAGCAAAUCGAAGCCUUGCACCAAGUUUUUCAGCACUGUUGGAUGUCCUUUUGGUGAGGGCUGUCACUUCCUUCACUUCGUCCCUGGUGGAUACCAGGCAGUAUCAAAAACACACAACUUAGGCCAUGCUGCUGCCUCUGCACCAUCAAGAGCUCCCGUGGAUCAUGGUGCUAAUUCUCAUCCUGCUCCUGCUGGCAAAACACGCAUGUGCACGAAGUACAACACUGCAGAAGGCUGCAGGUUUGGUGACAAGUGCCAUUUUGCCCAUGGCGAGAGGGAGCUUGGCAGGACGACCUACGAAAGUCCCUAUGCUCCUCCUAUGGGUGGUCGAUUUGGAAGCCGACAUGAGCCACAUCCAGCAAUGAUGGGCCCUACAACUGGAAGCUUUGGCGCCUCAGCUACUGCCAAGAUCAGUGUCGAUGCUGCUCUUGCUGGUGGCAUAAUUGGGAAGAGUGGGGUCAACACAAAGCAGAUUUGCAGAGUCACAGGUGUUAAGCUCUCAAUACGGGACCAUGAAUCAGACCCAAACCUGAAGAACAUUGAGCUCGAAGGCAAUUUUGACCAGAUAAAGCAAGCCAGCGAUAUGGUGGGGGAGCUGAUCGCGACCAUAAGUGCCAGCACGCCAUUGAAAAAUCCUGCUGGUGCAGUGCCCCCUGCAGGCCGAGGUGGUCCUGGUGGCAGGAGUAACUACAAGACCAAGAUAUGCGAGAACUUCCUCAAGGGCACCUGCACGUUCGGCGAUCGCUGUCACUUUGCCCAUGGCGAGAACGAGCAGCGGAAGGGUGCGGCUGUCUGAGCCCAUGGACUCUCAUUCUCCCUUGCCUACUGUGACUAUUCUCCCCCGCCAUUCUAGGUGAUCAGCAUGUUGUAUUGCGAUUUUAUGGAUUGUGCUUUUAGAUUCAUCUCUCGAUUUAAGAAGUCAAACAUUCCUCUACUCGUUAUGCCAGUGUAGUUAGUCAUCCAUCUUUUGAGCUUCUGAGUUCUUUCUUCUGCAUGCAAUGGCUGGAGCUGUUUUGCCCGAA